ACUCUGGUCUUAAUGCAGUAACAUGUACUUUAAGAAGUUUUUCUUUGUGCAGUGGAGGAUUUCAAAAGAGCUUUCUUUUAUAAAUUAUGAGUGUUGGUACAACGCUAACCACAAAACCACUACAGUUAAAUGUAAUCCUUCUGUCUAUAAUACCUUUCAGGUACUCUCCAUUCCAUAUUCUGUAACACUAUUUUAUUUUUAGUCGGUUUAAAAAGGAAUAACACAUUAUUUGUAUUUGAAUAUUUUUUAAUGUUAACCUUUAACAAUUUCCUUUUAUAACUAUAGAAAUGCCAUAAAGUGUUAAAGACAUCAAACUCUAAUGGUACUUUUGGUAUGUGCCGAAAACCUUUCUUUCUUAAACGGUAUCGAGUCAAAUAACAUCAUCAAGUAGAAAAGAGAGUAAUAUUUUGGCUCACAAGAGAAAGAAAAAAAAUGGAGAAAUAUAUGUAUAAAGGAUUUUCACUUGAAAGUUAAGCCACUUUCUUAAGGAGUGGGGUGACAGUACUAAUUCUAUGAUAUUAUAACCUUGCCAAACCUUUUUUUCACCUUUCAUCUUGUUUAUACUUUUCAAACAAAGAAACCUAAUAACAAUACCUAUCAGCAGAAGAAAACAUACCUGAUGUGAAAAACAUAUAGUGACAUUCCACACAUGAAAAUCUAUGUGCUUGUUUUUUUCAUUUACUGGUUAGCUCAUGGCUAUUGCACUUCCAAUGUUCACAUUGGGUACCAAGUAAGUCUUGCUAUACCAACAACAUAUAGUAAAGGCUUCAUAGGGAGGGCUUUUUUAAUGGAAACUGACAACCAAAUGACACCAAACUUUAGAGCAGCAAUCAGUGUUGAAGCAAUUAAUGAGAAAUACACAUGUUCGCUUGAUGUUUUUUUGGGAGAUGUGAAGGUUUGGAGUUCUGGUCAUUUAUCACUAUUUUACACAAUAGACAAAUGUGCACUUGAGCUGACUCAAUAUGGAGACUUACAAUUGAAAGGUCAAGAUGAUAAAGUUGGAUGGAAAGCUGGGACUUCUGGACAAGGUGUGAAGAGGCUGCAUUUACUUGGGUCAGGUAAUUUGGUUUUAGUUGAUGCAUUGAACUUGAUAAAAUGGCAAAGUUUCAAUUUCCCAACUAAUAUUAUGCUUUGGGGCCAGAGACUUAGCUCAAGAACUCGGUUAACUUCUUUCCCUAGCAACUCUAGUUUGUCAUAUUCAUUUGAAAUUCAGUAUGACAAGAUUGCAUUGUACUUGUACUCUGGAAAAUCGAAGUACUCGUACUGGGAAUACACACCUUUGGAAUUGAAUGACCUGAAUAUUACGUAUGUUGAAUUAACUUCAAACGCGUUGGAGAUAUUCAACAACGAAAACCAUAGAAUUGGACGGAUAAAAUCGGACAAGCCAGAGCCCCUAAGAUUUUUAGCAUUGGGGAAUAACACAGGGAACUUUGGAUUUUACUAUUACUCAGUUGACAAAGGAAAGUUUGAAGCUUCAUAUCAAGCACUAAACACAACUUGUGAUCUUCCUUUGGCAUGUCGACCUUAUGGUAUUUGUACAUUUUCAGAAGAGUGUUCUUGCAUAAGGCUAAUAAAAAGAGGAGAUGGUUUGCUUUCUGAUUGUGCUGAAAAUGUAACUGAGGGAUUAUGCGGCAGAAAUGAGUCCCAAAUGCUAGAGUUACAAGGCGUUACGAGUGUAUUAAGAAGCAAUCCUUAUAAGGUCAAUGUUAGCAAAGAAGUAUGUGCAAAUUUGUGCUUGGAUAAUUGUACAUGUGUUGCAGCAUUACAUUUUUCAGUUGAUGAUUCAGAGGAUGAUCCCACAAAAUCCGGAGAAUGCUAUUCGUAUGGACUAGUGAGAGGAGUUAAACAAAUUGAAAGGGAUGGAAGAUUGAGUUAUAUGGUUAAGGUACCAAAGGGAACUGAUCAAGAUCAUAGUGAACAUUCUCAUUGGAAAAAAUGGAUUCCAAUUGUGGUAGGAGUGGUUGAUGGAGUUGUUGUGUUACUUGUUUCGGGAGGGAUUGGAUACUAUGUAAUUCGAAAGAGAAGAAAAUCGUGUGUAGAUACUGGUCCCAACAAUUGAACUUGUAUAGUUGAGAAAUUCUUUUUUUCAAGAUCACAUUUUUGUUCAUGGUGAUACAAAUUGGUAAGGAUGAAGCUUGAGCUACACAUACUAAACUUGUAACAGAGAAGUUAAUUUUGACAACUUCAAAUCCAAAUCCAAAGGAUAGAAACUUGCAUACUUAUAUGCAGAUAGAAGUGAAAUGAUGAAAAUAACCUAGACCAAAUGCCAAAGAUUGAGCUGAAGUUCCAACAAAUAGCAGAGGCAGGUAUGCAAUCUUUUCGGAAUUAAAUGUUAUUACUUCACAAGAGUUUUUUUAUUUUUUUAUUUUUUUAUUCCUAAACGAUUUGCUGAAUUUGUGAAUGUCUAACAGAAGGUUAUUGAUUAUGCCUAGUGCAUUGUUUGAAAUGUAUACCUCAUUCAUCUGCAAUACUGAACAGAUGAAAAUGAUGUUGCUUGAAUGUUGUACGGGAAAUGGCUACGAGAACUACUGUUUACCCGUAAAACGGUACAGUUAAAUUUAUACGUGAUUUCUAGAAAAGUGAACUAAUUUGAUCCUGAAAUAAUAUAGUAAUCGAAGAAAUACGCAGUACUUAGCCUUGCAAUGUAGAUGAAAUAGCAAAGACAGUGAUUCCGUGAACACAGUUUCCGAAUACAAUAAUGAUGAGAUCAAAAAGUAAGAGAGUGAAAUUGUAUAAAGCUUUGUCUAGAAUAUAGUAUAUGUUCUUCCCAGAAAUUUCGUAUCCCUUACAAUAAUAACUGAGCUCACUAUAUAUAGCUAUGUCUAGGGAAGAAGGUCCUAGGAUCCUGCCCUCCUUUAAUGUCAAUUAAGAGGGUCAUUGAUGAAGAUGUAACGUUGAGCGUAAAUGUCAAAUUCUUUGUAACAGACCGUCGCUCUUAAUACUGUAGAAUAUUCUUUAGUAAAUGCUACCAGUCGCAGAGCAUUUAAUACACUUUUAUGAACGUUAUCCGUUCCGGUGAUAAGCGCAGUGGCUGCGUUCGGUCCUCAGCCCUUCCAUCUUGGAUUCCACGUGUCCUCCUUUUAGUCAGUCACGCGUCAUAUCAUAUUUUACCCUAUACAGAUAGUCCCCAUGCUUUCCAGUGAUAUAACUUUGUGUUACCGAAAAGUUGGUAGAAACACCUUUUUGGCGAAAAUUACUAUAAUUCCUUCUGAAGGUGUCUGACAGUUGAUUAGACGCACGUUUCUCCGCAUUUAAUGCCCCGAACUCGCGUCAUCCUGUUAUACCUCAUAUUCAUACGUGAGAGUACGCCAUAAGUAAAUUGAUGAAGGCUCGAAAAUGAGAUGUUACAUCUCGCAUUU